UUUUUUGGGCUGCAGCGCCAUCUAUUUGGACCCACGCCAGUAAGGUCCCUUUGCCUGGCGCGGGGACGCUAGAAGCACCGGCUCCAUGGCGACGGUCACUGUCACCUUGGGCGGCCGAGGUGCUACGAAUGGCAGCACGACGAAAUCCGACACGAUGGCGGUUAGCCACCCAAGCAGCAGAUGCAGAUUGUGGGAUACUAGCAGUAGCCGCCGCCGCCGCAGCCGCCGCCGCCGCUGGAGCCGCCGUCGCCGCCGCAAGCUCACAUUCGGAAUCUUCGCGAUCACUACCGCUGGAGUACAGCGCUACUCCGAGGAGACCGCUCAUCUAUACCACAAAGUGUGUGGCGGGGAGGACAGAUUUGGUUGA